AUGCAUACAAAGAAAAUUGUUAGCAUUUUCCUUGUUGCAUUUACCACACUUGCGGCCGCUAAUUUUGAGCCCUACGAACUAAAUGGCGGGCUCAUCAGUGCAGUUGCUGGCGAUGGAUAUUCCGUCAUGGCCACGGACACAAGGAUGAUCGGUCCAGGUGGAUAUCUCCUGUCUUCUCGGAACUAUUUGUCGUCUCGAAUAUGGUCAGUUGAUGAUACAAGCAUAGAGCUCAUGAGUGGCAUCGAAUCUUCGUUUCGAUCAGGUGAUUCAGACGUUGGUGUUGUUAUGGACAAUAAUAAGCAGACGACGGCACCUGGCAUCAUCACGAUGACGAUGAAACAUGGUGAUACGUUGUUUGGGUCAACCAUGAUUGGAGCAGCAGGCUGUGCUGCUGAUUGCGAAGCCUUGAAACGGGCAAUCAGAGCAGAUAUCAAGAAGUCCACCCAACAAGGACAGCUGUCUUCAUCACCUACCGCAGAUCAAGUUGCAUCGUGUCUGAGCCACACUCUGUACUCGAGAAGAGGGUUCCCAUUCUACAGCUUUUGCUGUGUUGCAGGAAUGGGUGGCGUCUUUGUAUUCGACGCUAUUGGAUCGUAUGAACAAGUGGCAGUGGCCUCGGCAGGUACAGGCCGUGAGAGUCUGCAGCCAAUAUUGGACCGUAAGUGA